GCUAUAAAGUCUUUCACAUGUGCGCUCGCUCUGUCAGAAGCUCCAGAGUUGCGCCUGCUCAGGAACGUAAUCCCAGCAUCAUACUUGUGGACUACUUUUCAUAUUUUGCAGUUUUCAUGAGAGAUGGAUUUAUACUUUUUUAUUUCUCUUGUGUCCCUCGCUCACACUGGAAUCUUUUCUACAGUGCUCUCUGCUCCCACAGCGGAGACUCCACCAGAGUCGGUGCCCCAUGUGCGCACCAAGCGCUGCUCCUGCACCACCUUCCUGGACACAGAGUGUGUUUACUUUUGCCACCUGGAUAUCAUCUGGGUCAACACACCUGAGCGAGUGGUGUCCUACGGUUUGGGAAACGCUCCGAGAACCAGACGUGCCAUUCAGGAUUCACCCCAGACUCGCUGCCGGUGCCUCCGCCGAGACGACGACGCCUGCUCCAACUUCUGCCUCCGACCCAGGUCGGAGGCAUCCCCACACAAGGAGGUCCAGUCCACCCACCGCAAGUGUUUUGAUCCCACAUGCAGACACGAGCUCGGAGCCGGCACGAGGACAAUGAGAAGGGUGUGGAGCAGCAGCAAGAGCCAGCUGCCGCUGCAGACGCUGCGGGUGGCUGUGAAGUGGAGACAGCACCACAGGACCAGAGCCCGGGAGGGCGAGAGCGGCGCCUCCUAAGACCCCCCACACCCCUGUCCUCACUCACAGAGUCGUGUCUUCAGACUCCACCGGUGCGUGGCCACCUGACUUGAUCAGGAGACACAAGGCCAGAGAGGCGGGAAAAGAGAACCCAGACGGACGAAAACUCAAGGUCACCGAGCCCUUCAGGACUUUGUCGUCAUCUGGACUCCAGCAACAUUUCAAAGACUUUUGGGAGCCGUUCAAACUGCUCAUGAAGGCCGCCGUGCUCGCUAGCUCGCUCGCUACAGGCUGCACUGACUGAAACCUCCUCUGCACACGUGCGACAGGUCCCGACUUGGGUUCGGACCUGCAGCUCAGGACUUGUCCGAGAGGAUUCCUUGAUCGUCACUAUUUAAUCGCCUUUAUUUAUUUGCUCUUUCACCCGGAGAUUGUACCAUGUUGGUGCCAAAAACCUCUGUCAUUUCCGUGAAAUGAUUUAUCACAAAUGAGCCGAGCUUGGCGCAUAAUAAAUGCUGAAUAUGAAGUCAAAUGUUAACGUUUUUGUUCUUUUCUUUUCAUUCAUUUUAGUAUCCGAUUCAUCUAGUUCACACAGGGCCACAGACCCUGGUGGCAUCUGCUGGUGACUCUUCUUCAGGUGAAGUGGGAGAAACUUCUUCCUCUGAUUUCCACGACCUAC